CCCCGGGCGGAGAGCACCGGCCCGGCCGCCUCCUCCGCCCCCUCCCCGUCCCCGUCCCUCUCCCUUCCCACCCGGCCCCGCUGCCAGGGGCGAAGCCGCCCGCCGGGCCCCGCGGCUUUUUUUCUUGGAUUUUAUUACUGGAAAACUCUCUAAUGACAACUUUGCUUAGGAGCUGAGUGUUGUGACCUGCCCUGUUCCUGCCUGCUUGGUGUGGGAACGACCUGAAGGACGUCUUGGAGCCGCCUGUACUGCUUCAUGCAGUUAAAUGUUCUGAGGUCAUGAAACUUAAUCCACAGCAAGCUCCAUUAUAUGGUGACUCUGUUAUUACAGUGCAGCUGACUGAGGAAGAUAAAGUUGAAGAUGAUGUAGUUUUUUAUUUGGUCUUCACUGGAUCAACUGUCCAACACUGCACAAGCACAAGAAAGAUUAAUCCUGGGAGUCUGGAGACAAUUUCUCCUGGCCAUGACUGUUGUGAGACAGUGAAGGUGGCACUUUGUGCCUCCAGAGAAGGUCACCCCGUUCUGGUUGUGGCAGAAGAGAGUUUCCAGUUUGUCCAGGAUGAAGCCUACGAUGCUGCCCAGUUUCUGGCCACCUGUGCUGGCAACCAGCAGGCGCUGAAUUUCACGCGGUUCUUGGACCGGUCAAGACCCCCUGCUGCCGACGUGGACUUCCUGGACGAGAAAGUGGCUUUGGCGUUUCGACACCUGAAACUUCCAGCGGAAUGGAACGUGCUGGGAGCGGACCAGUCCCUGACCGAGAACAUCCCUCGGGAGACACUGAUGCAUUUUGCGGUGAGGCUGGGUCUGCUGCGGCUGACGUGGUUUCUGCUCCAGCAGCCGGGUGGAAGAGGAGCUCUGAGCAUCCACAACAACGAAGGGGCAACGCCCGUGAGCUUGGCCUUGGAGAGGGGCUACCAGAAGCUGCACCAGCUUUUGACAGAGGAGGAGGCCAGGGAGCCGGACUCGUGGAGCACCUUGUCUCACACGGUGCACUCGGGGGACUACAGCGUGAAGCACCACCGCGGGCUCGACGUGUACCUGCUGACGGCUGAGGCCAAGGAAGGGGCGGCGUCCAGCUGGGAGAGGGACAUACGGCACCUCCAGAUGCACAUGCAGAGCCACCAGCACAAGAGUUCAAGGCAGCAGACAGAGCCUGUACUGGGGGAUUCUGGAGACAGCUGUGCUAAAGGAGCAGAGCCAGAUGGUCGCCUGACCACUACCUCUCAGAGGCUUGAAGAAAUGGCAAGAGAAGAAAGGCAGGAAAACCCAUCUGAUCUGAUUCACCUGGACUUUGGGCAGCUCUCACACCAAACCCAGCAGGAGGAGAAAUGCAACAGCAGGAGUUUGGGAACUUCUAAUGACGCACCCAAUAACUUGGUUAGCCUGGGGGAUGGAAACAGCCCAGAGUCAUUCUAUGAAAGUAAAAACACAGAGAUAUUGUGUAAAAAGGAAGAGGUGGGGCCAACCUCUGCUGAAGGCUCUGGGACUGUAUCAGAUGAGAAGGAAUGCACUGUGAGCCCGUGUGCAAGUGUAAACGGUGCUGUAAAUCUUCCACCCUCUGGAAAUACAAAUGAGGCAGCUGGAAUGACAUCUGCUGGAGUUGUUCUGGAUCAAGCUGGCUUGGGCAGUACAGAUAUUGCCCAUCAGGAAGUGCGAGGUGCCGAGCAGCGUGCAGCUGGCAGUGCUGCUGCUGUGGUUGCAGCUGCAGGUGAAGCCCCAGCUUCCUCGGAGGGCCUGGAUGUGGUUAUGGGCCAGACUGAAUGCAGGAACUGUACCGGGGCCGCUGAGAGGGCUGCGAGCCAGCGGCAGGGAGAGCAUGGGAUGGCAGAGGCAGGCAAGAGGACUGCAAACCUGGAAGAGGAAUCUCCAGCUGAGGAGGAGUCAGCCAGUGCUGCUCAGCCCUUACUCAGUGAUUUUAAUGGCACUGAGUGUUCAGAUGGGGAGGAUGCAAACAUGGGAGUGGCACCGGCCCGGGACGGUACAAAUGCAGGUGGUGGCACUGGCGAUGUCCCUGUUGACCUUUGCAAGACUGGCGACAACAAAGAGACUGGAUCAUGCACUGCUCAGGUAAACGGUGACUUCGUGGAAAGCCAAGGCAAUGCCUGUGUCACAGCAAGGCAGGAUAUCACUGCAAGCACUGGGGAAGCACUACCAGCAGUGAAUGGGGUGAAGGUUCCUGCAUGUGCAUCAGAAUCUGAUCCUGGUUCAGAGAUCCAUAGCAGCAAUAAGAGCAGGGAGCGAGAAAGGCAGGUGGAAGCAGAUUGCACAGAUGGAAAAUCCAGCUUGCCCUCACUGGCAGGCAGUGUGGAAACUGAUGGCGCUGAUGCUGAACCUGAAAACAGUGAUGUUGGUGGAUCUAAUGGAAGCGGUGCAGAACCUGAACAUUGCCAGGAGAGCAGUGAGAUCACUGACCAUGAGGCUGAAACAAUGGAGAGCAGUGAAAAGGAGCCAGUAGGAACUGAUACCAGCAGCCCCAGAGAUGGAGGAAGUGUAAAUUCUGCAGGUCAGGAAGUUGAUGGCUGUUGCCUUUCUGCUGCUCAAACUGGCAAUAAAGAUGAAAUGGGCAACAGCUUCAAACCAGUCACUGCUCAGGAGAGUGAACAUGAGCCUGCAUCACUUCCUCCAGAGGACAUGAGCACAGGUCUGGCAGAGAAGGAGCCUGCCCAGACCCAAGCAGAGACAGCAGAAAGUGCUUCAGAGCAGCAGGGUCUGAACAGUGAGGUGAAAUCGCCCACUCUCCUGCCCAGAGGAGAGGGACCGGCUCUGAGUCAGGAGGGAGAUGCUGCAGUGGCACCUCCUGGGCAGGAGGCAGCUCUGCAAGGUAAUGACUCUGGAUUAGUGCCAUGUGCCAGUGGUGCAGACUGUGCCAAGGAUAAUUUAAUGGGCACACCCUCUGCAAUUCAUAAUGAGGACUCUAAACAAAACCAGGAAGCAGUGGUGGUGGGGGCAGACUCAGCAGAGCUCUCCUGGCAGCAUGGCAGGGUAGCUGCCGGCAGGCCCGGGUACCGUGCUGGGGAUGAGGGCUCCCUGGAGCAGGGCCUCUCUCAGGCUGAAGGAGGCAAAGAUGAGCCUGAGUGGGAGGCUCAUGCGAAUGGCAAGGAGCAGGUUUUGUCAGAGGAACUUCCUGCUGCUGUUGUGAAACCCUCUGCCUGCAGUCUCGGGGGGCCUGUGGUGGGCAGCAGCAAUGUGGAUGCUGGGCUGAAAGAGACAGUCCAACCUGAAGAAGCGUGCAAGGCCGGAGCAGUGGCCGCAGGAGAAGGCACCAUGCACGGACCUGCACCAGCAGAUAAGUCACUGGGUGCAGAGAGUGACCCCUGUCUGAAUGCGGGGCUGAACCGAGAACAUGAUCCCAGUCAGACCCUACAGCGGAUCUCCCCGCACAGCAGCACCUCCGAGUUAAAGGACACCUCAGAAACGGGAGCCCCGAGUGAUGCCUGUGAGGGUAAGGAAGUACUGAGGCCGGUGACAAUGACCCCUGUGGCAGCGUAUCCGGAGGAGCAGGAGGAUUCAGAGAGCGUGCUUCCCCGGGCAGCACUCCAGCCCAUCGCAGAGGAGCCCACGUGCGACAGCGACUCCAGCACCGACACUGUUUGUCCGGCCAGCGAGGCCGAUGCUGGUCCUGUUGGGAAAGCAGCUGAAGGGGAGGCUUUGGCUGAGCCUGAUGGAAAGCAAAGCCGAGAUGUACCUGAAUUGCCCCUCUCACCGUGUUCCUGCCGUUUACUUGCUGUUGAGUCACUGGAAAAUGAGGGAGUGAAGAGUUUGGUAUCGGCAGACGAUGGCUCCUCUCUGGAUAAAGUUCCUAAAACGGUAAAAAGUUUUGAUGCAGUGGUUUUUGCAGCAGAAACACCUUGUUCCUCUGAAUUACCAGCCCCAGAAAAAGGGGUGCUUGAGGCCCAGGCUGCAGUGGAUGUUGGAGUCAGCCUUAAUGGAGAAAUGGAUUUAAGUUCCUCAACAAAGAAGAAGAACGUCAGCCUGGCAGUGCAAGGAGCUGAGCCUCUUACAGGGAAGCUGGAAAUGAAAACUGAGGACGAGGUGGAUUUUCUGAAAGACGGCACGGGGAGCGCAGCCCGCGAGGAAGCGAUAAACCGUGAAAGCUGGUGCUCGCUGGAGCCAUGUCCCGAUCCCUCCCUGCUGGAGCGCAAGCGGACACGGGAGUCUCCAGAAUGUGAGAACUUCCUGGAUGAUGGGCUGAGUGGUGUCUGUGCCUCAUCACAGGGCGGCCUUAAAAGAGAGUCCGGGAGUGAGUCUGACCUCUUCCCCUUGCCUGGUGAUGGGAUGGAAGAUCUUGUCUUUGGAAAGCAGCCUGAAGAGGAGCAGUCUGCAUGUGAUGUCACCAGCUCCAGUUCUUCUGCGGAUGACACCAUGUCCCUGGAGAGGAACUCAUCCCUGGGCAGCGACACAUCCCUUCCCUUCCCACCGACUGUGAACUUUGCCCAGCCCAAGGACAGGCACAGCCUGGAUGGCAGCUGCACCAACAUGGUGGCCUCUGAGGGAGGAGAGAAGGAAGAGGAGCUGGACAGUAUCACAGAUGUGCCCACCCAUUCCUCUGUCUUACGCAACUCCAUGCGGCCACUGUCUCCUUUCCGUCGGCACAGCUGGGGGCCGGGGAAGAAUGCCACCAACGAAGCAGAAAUAAACCAGAGGAGUUCAAUGCGAGUUCUGGGGGAUGGUAUAAAGAAGCCUCCCAUUCAUAGGAGAAGUUUGAGCUGGUGUCCCUCAGGCGUACAGUACCUUGCCAUGGGUCCUGACUUUACUUGUAGAAGUUACAGCCUAGAAGGCCUUGCUGGAGACUCUGGUGAGAACAAGAAGCCCUCUGCAAACUUGGAGGCUUCUUCCCUGAGCUCCAAAGACCUCAGGCGGAGUCCACUUACCAGCAAUCAGUGUGGGUCCCUGGUCCUGCUCACUGAAGAACUCGAGCAAGGAGAAAUCAGAGACUAUGGUCACCAGGCACGUCAGACAUCGCAGCCACAAGGAUUUAAUUUCUGUUCCUCCGCUGCUUCAUCUCCACUGACCAAAUCCAUGUCUCUAAUGUCAAUUAGCAAGCCAGUGCUCGACACCCAGGGCCGGACUCGACCAUCGAGACGGAUCUCCUUCUCCUUCAGCAUCUCUCCACUCAUUCCUAAGUCUAAAACUCUCUUUUCUAUUGGCUCUUCUUCCAGUGAUGAGGAGGAGGAGUUGGAUAGUACGCAGUCCUUCGGCGGCUCCACGGGUUCCUCAGUCCAGAGCAUAUCUGAAGAGAGCAGCAGUGUCCCCACUGGCAAAGGUGUAACGAAAGUCAGUCGCACCUUCAGCUACCUCAGGAAUAAAAUGUCCAGCAGCAAGAAGAGCAAAGAAAAGGAGAAGGAUAAAGAGAAGACUAAAGAGAAGGACAAAGAUUCCAAGGAGAAGGAAAAGGAUAAGAAGCUGUUAAACGGGCAUCUCUUCACUGCAACCUCCGUUGUAGCCCAAGCAACCUGUUACCACUGUAUGAAACCUUUCAAUAAGGAUUCGUACUACUGUGCAAACUGCAAUGCAAUUGUUCACAAAGGCUGUAAGGAGAGUUUUGCUUCUUGUGCAAAGGUCAAAAUGAAGCCACAAAGAGGGAUGCUGCAGGCACAUGAUACCUCUUCAUUACCCACAGUAACCAUGAGAAACAAAAGCUCACAGCCCAAGGAGCGCCCUCGCUCCGCAAUCCUUGCUCCUGAUGAAAGCACCGUCACCUCAAUAUUCAACAACAGGAGGUCAUCACAGCAGCCUACAGCACUUUCUAAAAGUGUCUCGAUACAGAACAUUGCAGGCAGAGUUGGGAACGAUGACAACUUAAUACACACUUGGAAAUUCCUGUCACAGUCAACAGACUCCUUACAUAAAAUCAGCCGGGUGAAUGAAUCCAUGGAGUCACUGGUUGAUGAAGGUGCAGACAUGAAUGAAGGACAGCUCAUGGGAGAACUGGAAUUAGAUUCCAAGCAGCUGGAGGCAGAGUCCUGGAGCCAAGUAGUGGACAGCAAGUUCCUACAGCAGCAAAACAAAGAUGUUGUCAAACGGCAAGAUGUCAUUUAUGAGCUAAUGCAGACAGAAAUGCAUCACGUCCGCACCCUGAAGAUCAUGAACGAUGUGUACAGCGCAGCGAUGUUGAAGGAGCUGCAGUAUGAUCAACAAGUCAUUGACAAGAUCUUUCCCUGCCUGGAAAACUUGCUGCAAAUCCACAGUAACUUUUUCCAGCGGAUUCUGGAAAGGAAGAAGGAGUCAUUGGCAGACAAAAGCGAAAAGAACUUUGUUAUCAAGAGGAUAGGUGACAUCUUAGUGAAUCAAUUCUCUGGUGACAGUGCCGAGCGAAUGAAGAAAACAUACGGCAAGUUCUGCGGGCAUCACAACGAGGCAGUCAAUUACUUUAAGGAUCUGUACUCAAAGGACAAGCGGUUUCAGGCAUUUGUCAAGAAAAAAAUGAGCAGCUCCCUGGUGAGGCGUCUUGGAAUUCCUGAAUGUAUCCUGUUGGUAACGCAGAGAAUCACAAAGUACCCAGUCCUUUUACAAAGGAUACUGCAGUACACCAAAGAAAACGAAGUGGAACAUGAAGACUUGACUCAGUCAUUAAACCUCGUUAAAGAUGUGAUUGCUGCAGUCAACAGCAAGGUCAGCAAUUACGAGAAGAAAAUGCGUCUUGGUGAGAUUUACAACCGGACGGACAGCAAGUCCAUCAUGAGGAUGAAGAGUGGCCAGAUGUUUGCAAGAGAGGACUUGAGGCAUCGGAAACUCAUCCGAGAUGGGCCUGUUUCACUAAGAAGUGCAGCUGGACGGCUAAAAGAAGUCCAGGCUGUUCUCCUCUCUGACAUGCUCGUGUUCCUUCAGGAGAAGGACCAGAAGUAUGUGUUUGCCUCACUGGACCAGAAAUCCACUGUGAUCUCUCUGAAGAAGUUGAUAGUACGGGAAGUGGCUCAUGAAGAGAAGGGUUUGUUCCUGAUCAGCAUGGGUGGAAAAGAUCCCGAAAUGGUGGAAGUCCAUGCCAGCUCCAAAGAAGAACGUAAUGGCUGGAUACAGAUAAUUCAGGACACAAUGAACACCAUGGAUAGAGAUGAAGACGAAGGAGUCCCUUGUGAGUCUGAGUUUGAAAAGAAAUUGUCUGAUGCAAAAGUGAGAGGACUGAAAGAACAACUUCAGCAGAAGGAUAAGCAAAUCCUGCUCUUGCUGGAGGAGAAGACGAAGAUCUUCCGGGACAUGGCAGACAGUUCUGUGCAGGAGGAGAUGCCAGGCUCCAGGCUGCUCUUCAGAGCCAACACAGAAGAGGCUCCGAAAGGAGAGGCCAUUAUGAAAACGGCAAUAAAUGAAGUUGAACUGCUGCAAGACCUGGUGAACAGGAGCCUGGGCACUGCCCUCGGACAGCAGGUUACCAGCACUGCCAUGGAACAGGAAGGAGGAGUUGGCCCCAUCUCUCUUCCUAGAAGGGCGGAAACUUUUGGAGGAUUUGACAGUCAUCAGAUGAACGCUUCCAAGGCAAAGCAGAAGGGAGGUGUUUCCUCCUGCAAAGAGGUGGAAGGUCCCAGGACGUGGCGCAGGAGAGAAGGUGGAGCGAAAGAUGAAGGCGAUGAGGCUCAGGACCUUCGGAGAACAGAAUCAGACAGCAUUUUGAAGAAGGGUGGAAAUGCUAAUCUGAUGUUCAUGUUGAAAAGAAAUAACGAGCAGGUCCUCCAAACCAUUACCAGCCUCCAUAAGCUGCUCAGUGCUUUGCAGGGCGUUGUGCUACAGCAGGACACCUACAUUGAGGACCAGAAGCUGGCUCUGAGCGAGAGGGCUCUGACCCGAAGCUUCUUCCGGCCGACGUCGCUGCUGGAGCAGGAGAAGCAGCGCAACCUGGAGAAGCAGCGCCAGGAGUUGGCCAACCUGAAGAAGCAGCAGACACAGCACCAGGAGGAGAGGCGGAAGAGAGAGAAGGAGUGGGAAGUCCGGGAGAAGGAACUGGCAGAGCAGGAGGCCCAACUGGCCCAGCGCGAGGAGCAGGUCCAGAGAAGGUGGCAGGAGCUGGAGCGGGAACGAGAGGAGCUGCAGAUGAAGAAGGCUGCCUACCAGCUCGACCUGGAGAGGCUUCGCACGGCACAGAAGCAGCUGGAGAGGGAGAAGGUGCAGCUCAAGCAGGAUAUGGAGCGAUUAUCUCAGAUGCGGCAGGAGCCUGACCACAACCAGGUUUCCAGUCUACAUGAGAAACUUGCAAGAGUCUCCUCCCAGUCCAGCAUUGAUGAAUCCUCCAAGCAGAAAAGCCCUUCCCUUCCUAAACAAGGGCACUUUGAUGCAGAACUGUCUGUCUCCCCCAAAAGGAACAGUCUUUCAAGGACACACAAAGAGAAAAGCACUUUCCAUUUGCUUAGCACAACAAACCAGACUAACAAGGCAGCUGAGGAACAGACCCAGAUGCCUACUCGCCUCUUCAGUUUAGCCAAACCAAAGGAGAAGAAGGAAAAGAAGAAAAAGGGCAGGGGACACCGCUCCCAACAGUCUGAUUCUCACUCGUCAGAAGCACCUCCAGAGGGUGAGGAGAUCUUCUGCUGAGCACAGACUGUUCCUGUGGUCACUCGUGGCAUUGGCACCGUGGACAUCCCCCUGCCUGUUGCACAGCAGCAGCUGGUGCCUGCGCUGGACAAGCAUCUGGAGGUUUUAAAUAAAACGUGUUAUGAAGUCUGUUAAGUGGUGGAUAAGGGCCUCUCUCCUGUGGUUUUGCGUGAAUUCUCACCACAGAGGCUGAACUGCACAGCAAACAGUGCUGUCUCUCUGUGCAAACCUUGGGUUAAGUGAAUUGGGAUCAGACAUUUUCAGUCUCUUCUUACUGCUAAAGGAUGAGAGAACAUAGCCUUAAGGGGUCUGUGCCUUCAAAUUCCCUUUUUCUGGGGAACAUAACCAAAACCAAGCGUUUAGCAAAAGAUUAGGACUCUGCAAAUGGUGCGUACACACUGGCAUAUAUAGAUAUACUGUAUAUAUACAUAUAUGUAUCUAUGUAUCCACUGGGAUGUGCUUACAGCCAAGGUCGGCCCAUGGGCAUAGAUGAUACCUGAUGACUUUCAGGGAGCGUGUAGAUAUUAAAUAUCUUGCCCUUACUGCUCUGAUUGUAACGCCAGUGACCUGCACACCCCUUUUGUGCUCAUGGUUUCACAAGGGUACCUUACAUCAGGAAGCAGUAACAGCGUUAAAAAACAACAACUCAGAGGAAAAAAAAAUAAAAUCUAAAAGUCAUUCUGAAAGAUUUCCAUGGGGCAGAGGAUUGAAAUGUCAAAUUGUUUCCAGAGCCAAGUAGAACAUCUUUGUGUAUGUUGAAAAUGGUGCAGAAAAGAGAAAUUUGGUAGGCUGGUGAGGUGAUCCCAGGGAGCCAGAACAGACAGUGUUCAAGUGGGAACAACUCCAAACAACCUUUUUUUCACACAGUCACUUUGAGCUCCAGCUCACUCCUUCCUGAAGCAAAGAUUAUCUUUUUUGCUGGAAGAGUUCUCCAGUUGCAUUUGACAUCCCCAUAUAAGCCUAAUGACUUCCUGGGGGGAUGGCUCAAAAAUGUGCUUUUAGGGACCUUUGUUCUGUUAUUUGUAUUUUUCUUAGCCCAUUUUUCGUGUUACCAUUGGGCUUCUGUUUCCCUGGAUUAUGUCAGCUUCCCUUGCUCCUUUCUAAGGCAGAAUGAGACAGCAGCAGUCUCAGAGCACUUCGGUGAGACAUCGUGGGUCAGGGGCCUGUGUGCUGCGAGCAAAGCCAACUCCAAAGAGAUGGCUCCUAUCCCUAUGUCUGUACAAUACCAUGCACUUAGUAACCAUUUCUGGGGAGAAAAAUGUUCUCAUGGACAAAACCACUGUGGGACAGGUCCAAAGGUCCAGCGUGGCAGGUCACUGUGGGCUCUAGGAGUGAAAGUGUCUGUGCAUCCCUGUGUUGUCAUCAGCAGAAGGGGAAGGUCCGAGGGCAGCUCUCCCUGUGCCAACUGAGGUGUUUGUACAGCUGUUGAAUACAGGGAUGUGUUCAGUGGGGGAAGAGAAAUGCAGAGAGCCACACUGUUCUCCAAAAUUAUUGUUCUUCCAAACCCUCUCAGGAGAGCUAACUCAAGUGGAUUUGUAAAUGAUUACAAGAUGCCACCAGCUUCAAAAUAGCUCAAGGGUUUGCUCAGAGUUUGAAGCUGUCAAGUGUAUUUCCUUUCCUGAGUUGUUUUUUUUUUCUAUAAAAUAACAAACCGUUUCUCUUCUUGCACUGUUGUUUGAUUUCAGUUUGCUCUCUGGCUUCUGAGGAGCUGGUAACCCACAGCAGUUUUCAGAGUUAGUGCUGAUGAGUAUCAGCAGUGUUGAUGGUGAGGUGGAUGCUUAGGCUGGGCUGUCUUGGUCAGUGCAGGAACCCUCAAGCACCUGCUUGCUUUUGAAGCUCUCUACACUAUUAAGACUCAAAAAAAAAAAAAAAAGAGGAAGAAAGGAAAAAGGUUUGAAAUUAUUUGUAUUUUGAUUUUUUAAAAUAUUAUUUGGUGCUUGUUCUUAUUGCAAGCAGGGCUUGCAGAAGUAUAUAUCUUUCUGUUUAUUUGAAAGAGUUCUUUUUUUUAAAAGGAGUUUACUUGGUUUUAUUUUUUUAUUUCAUUUUGCUUUUGUUUGGGGGAUGGUUUGGGUUUUUUCUCUUUCCUCCCCCUUUUUUUUCUUUUUCUUUUUGUUUGUUUGUUUGGGUUUUUUUGUUUUGUUUUCUUACCAAAAGAUUGGUAAACCAAAUAUUCUUAUCUCCCUGGUUCCUACAAAACCAGGGUUUGGGCAGUGCUGCUUUGCAGCUCAUGCCAUGCCCAGAGUUACACAAUUUCAACUGAGAGCUUUCUUUAAGGCGGAGCAUCUUUGGGCCAAAAAAAGUUCAGAAAAAAAUGCAGUGACUUCAGACAAGGCUUCUCCUAUCAGUUAGUUUCCUUGUUUAAAUGUUUUGGUUGGGUUUUCUCAUACCUUUUGGAGGCAAAGAAAAAAGCAAAGCAUGGAGUGCCUUGCAGUGAUCUGAGGGUCUGGUCACUUCUCUGGGGAGAUGGAAGGAGCUCCUCUCCUGAACCCCAGGGAAGCUGAAGGAGGAAUGUGCUGGUGGUGUGGUGUUACCUUUUCAUAAUAAACCCACCAAUUUCAGAAAAUAGCUUCUGCUCUAUUAUUUAUACAUCUACAAACAUGAAUAUGCCAAGCUGAAAUUUUUGGAAACCAAAGCAGUGCAUGGCUCAUUUGCUGUUGUGUGAACAGCCAUCAGGGCCCCAGUUUGCCUGAGAGUUCCCCUCAGUCUGGAACAGCUUUUGCCACUAUGAGCUUUUCAUUUUAUCCCACUGUCUUUUCCCCAGUCCCAACACAUCUUGGAUUCACAAUACAGGAAUGUCCCAUGGCUCUGAGAAAGGCAUCAAAAGGCAGAUGUGUGACCCAGGGCAGCAGGGCUGAGCCUCUGCCUGGCUUCACCAUCUCUCCUGACCUGUGCAAAUCAAAAAGAGCAUUCAGUGCCCCAAGUGAAAAUAAUAUUUGCUAAGUGAUCUCCAGAGGUCCCUGUGGUUCCUUGACAGAAGCCACAGGUGUGAGUCAGAAAUACACUGACCAGAAAUCAUGUAUAUCAAAGCUGUUUGUGUCUUAAACUCUGGUGGACAGACCUUUGUCCCUGGAGGAUGUCUGUUACAGUAUGAUUCACUUUUUUGGAAUGGAGCCUCUCCUCCCACACUGCUUCCUUCUUCUUUCACCUUUAGGAAGGUAAGGGCUUGUUUUUAUCUCUUCAGCCUUUUAUUUUUCCUCUCUCAGGUUUUCUUUGGAAAGGCUUGGCAUAAGUUCCCAGAGUCAGAUUCCCGCUCUGAUCCUUGCAGGUUGCCUUGGGUUGUCUGCUGGAGUAUGGUCCCAGCUUUAGAGCACCAAAGCCUUUCCUCUUCCUGGCCUUAAAAUUGCAUUUGCUCCAGUUCCACACCUGGCAUCCAUCCUGAAGUUGUUGAAAGCUUGUUAUUUCUUCAGCCCAGCCUGGUGCUGUGUCUGGUUCCCAGAGCCAGUCCCUUGAUCCCAUUUGGAACACCCAAACCACCUUGUUUUGUAUUGGCUUCCUGGGACACAGAGCAGGUUCAAAAAUGUCUGUGCAAAGCCCAUGUUGUUGGAGGGAGAAGAGGAAACCCUGUUUGUGCCAGUGUUUCAUGGAGGGCAGAAAUCAGAUUUGCUUUUCCUAGGCUUUUCUUGGCCUGGUCUUUGCCACUGCCAAACAGGAGGGAUUUCAGUGUCCAGAGAAAGUGGGAUUGUGGGCUCAGAUGAAGUACAGAAGUGGUCAGUUUUAGCUGGGGGUGUCAGAAUACCCCAGUGAUAGAUAGUAGCUGUAGCAAAGGGUGUGAGGAGACUUACUGGAGUUGUGUGGGGUUGACCUGAGCUGCUUUUAAAUUAAGUGAUCAUCUCAACAUGUAACUUGAUGUCAGUUUGAUGCCAUAAAGCACUUUAAAUGGAACUGGUCUUGUCCCUUUUUGUUUUGGUUACCUGGAAACAAUCAGUUUUGCCAUUGCUCCUCCCUCUGUGUCUCCAGCAAAAUCUGAACUGCAAGUAGGCGUAUUCCUGGUUUGGUUUGGCUUUACCCUGAGAGGGGAGGAAGGGCCAAGUUUCUGGUAUCAUUUUUAGACCAAAGUGGGUAUCAAUCUGACUACAGUCCCACUGCAGAUGGGUUGAAUGGCAGGACAAGAGAACUGGCUUCUUUUGGCUCAGGUGUAUCCCAUGGGAAAGCCCAUGCCAGCUUCACCAUCACCUUCCUCACAGCAGGUAGGGAAGCAGUUCCACCAGUGGUUUGCCCUCUGUCUCCUUUUCCCUGGAGAAGCUCAGAGCAAAGGAGAUGUCGGGGGGAUACAUCCAAAUAAGUGAAGUGAGGCCCUUUCCAUGCACCAAGUUAUUUACUGUCCAGGCUUCUGGGAGACCUCUCAGGUGCCAUCCCCAGGGCAGGAGCUCUCACCAGUGCUGAGGGUGGACUCCUUCCUCCUGAGGUGUGACCGCUGCUGGGAAGCACAGUAAUGCCAUGAACUUGUGUGGAUUUGUAUUGCCCUUCAAACCAAGAGCAUCCAUAGAGUCCAAUCAUCUUUGCACCUUCCUUGAGUUACUUGAUCUCGCAGCUGUUGCUGAAACACUCAGUUCCAGUCCUUCCAAAUGCCACCAAGUCAGAAGCGGUUCUUCAGGUGCCAAAUUCCAAGGAAGCUGUCUGGGAUAUCUGUGGCACAGAGCAAAGGAGGACUGGGCAGGGGGCACAGGAGUCUAUCUGCUAAAAUCCCACAAAACAUUCCUUGUUAAACAGAACUCUGGAAAUUAUUCUGCCUGCUGGCCAGGUUUGGGAAUUUAUCAUAAUUUAGGGCACCCUUACAAAUAAAAAUCACCCCUGCUGUGCAUAACUCCUAUUUCUUUUGUCAGAAGGGGCAGCAAUCCAUGACUCUUCAUCUGGUGAUGCAGCUAAUUUUUAAAAUAGGCGAGCUGAACUGGCUAAAUCUCCACACCUUGUGCUCCUCAGUGAUGGGAAGUGUAAUGCUAGCUCCCUUCCCACCUGCAUUUCCAGGGCUCCGUGCCCUUCCUUCCACAUGCAUUGCACUGACACUGAUGCUUUGCCCAAAUAUAUUCAGCUUCCAUUGCUUGGGGGGAGGGGGAACAGGAUAACAUUCACUGCUUUGCAUACAGCUAUGAGCUUUGUAUGUAUUUAAGCUGUCUAUAGAUAUCCAUCCUUUCCGUGCUCUGAAGUAUUUUUACUAUUUUCUCUAUUGAUAUUAAACACUGACUCAAAAAUAAAAUAAAAAAUAAAAAAUCUUAUGUCCAGUUCGGUUCGCCUAUGGUUAAAGUUUAGCCUGGUGUUUAUUUUGUACUAAUAUGGAAUGCACUUGGAGGAAUUCCCAGAACAUUGAGGUGUAUUAUAAUAACCUGAUAUACCUCUGCUUUUGGUUUGUUUCUUAUUAAAAAAAAAAAAAAAAAAAAAGAA